AUUUCUGCGCUCUGCCGUGGAGCUUCAGAAGACAAACGAGCGGAGAGGAAACAAGCCGCGCAAACGCUUUCCAGCUUUGUUAGUUUUCUAUCCAACGUGAAUUUGUGAAUGAAAGCGGCUGAGGAAGAGGAGGAGGCGCAGGUUCAGUGGACGCUGCUUCCAGUGCACGGAUCGCCUGUUUUAAUGCGCAAAAAGAAGACGCGUUUUCCCUCACAGAUCGAAGCGCUUUCGUCGGGCAGACUUUUGCGCUGUACUGGGGGGAGCUGCAAACUUUCUUCUUUUUAAAAAAUAAAUAAAAAGCUCAGAUUGCAUUCUUUCCCCCUUCAAACAGUUUGGAGGUGAUGUCAUCGGCCCGUGUUUUGGCUGCUGUUGCGCUGGAGCUCCAGAAUUGAGUCCGGGAAAUCAGGUGCAGGGAGCUGCGAGCGUGUGCCGCUUUCCUUCUGCUUUCACUUUCCCCCCUUCAUCUGACCUGGACCGCGCCGCCGUCUCUCCGGCGCAGCAGCCAUGACCGAGCACGCUCCGCGGUACCCGGAGUCCAGCUCGCCGCCGCCGCGUCUUCAUCGCUCCAUCCCCGUCCAGGUGCUCUGCCUCCCGCAGCGCGUCAUUUCGCCCGUAGCGGACCAGCAGUGACACGAACUCUCAUGCGUGCGCAUGCACUCCACGGAGUUUUAAUCCUAAACAUUUUCAGCAGGAAAAGUUACUCUCGGACUGCUUGAAAAACACUGGGCGAGAACCUUUCGCUGUCUGUCGAAAAGUUUUUACGAGCGGAAACGGCGCAUAGGUGUGGGUCGCGUUUGAACUUCGCUUCACCUGUUCCUCAGACUCCGGAGGAUUCAGCUUCGCUCCGCCUCCUGCCCGUUACCGACCGCGCACCGCAACCAUCCGUGUCGGCGGCGGCGCGCUCACACCCCGCUGACCCCUUGCCGCCCGUUGACGGUGAAAAGAUGCAGUCCACCGGCGCCAGCGGGAACAUCCGCGAACCCUGCAUUCAAACGGAUUAAACAAACCGGAAAGACGUGAAGCUGUGACCCCGAGAGCCGUUUCGCAAGCGCGCACGGAGCCACACGGACGCGGAGGAAGCGAUGUGGGCCUUUCUCUCCACGGUGGCUGUCUUGUAUAUCCAGAUGAUGCUGGUCAUGUGUAAUCCUCUACAGGUGUUUGGAGUGGACGGGGUGAAUUUCAGCGUGCACGUGGAGAAUCAGACUCGUGUACGAGACGCCAUGAGCCGGCGACAUCAUCGUGUGUACCAGCUUUACAGCCGCACCAGUGGGAAACACGUCCAGGUGAUCGGACGCAAAAUCAGCGCCCGCGGAGAGGACGGAGACAAAUAUGCCCAGCUCGUAGUGGAGGCAGACACCUUCGGCAGCCAGGUGCGAAUCCGAGGGAAGGAAACUAAUUAUUACCUGUGUAUGAACCGCAGAGGGAAACUCGUAGGCAAGAAGGCCAGCAAUCGUAGUGCAGACUGUGUCUUCAUCGAGAAAGUCCUGGAAAACAACUACACAGCGCUAAUGUCGGCGCGCUACACUGGGUGGUACGUGGGCUUUACCAAAAGAGGGCGCCCUCGCCGUGGUCCGCACACGCUUCCCAACCAGCAGGACGUCCACUUCAUGAAGCGUUUCCCACCCGGAGAGCAGCCGGAUUUAACACCAUUCCGCUUCACCACCGUCAGCAAGAGGAGCAAGAGAGUCCGAGCGGCACGACCGCGCUAAUGCCGAUGCCAAUGUCCCACUGCUAACGUUUGCAUGAGGACGAGGAACAAACCAAAAGACAGUCCCAGUGAAAAUGACACUACUAAUGCGAAGCAGGACCGUCUUGUCUUAUUUGAACAGACGAUGCGAUAGCAUCACUUUAUAUUCCACUGGGUUGGACCUCUACAACCCUAAUAAUAAAUACUAGCUAAAUUACACCAGAGCUGUGGUUAAGACAGCUUACUUCAGACACGGAGAUGACUAACCAAAGCAAACACAAGCAAACGUCUGGCCCAGCAGAUGAGCGGAGGAAGCAUUGGGCUGCGCAUCCAGUGAGCGGCCCACAAUGAAGACAUGAAACAAAACACAAGCACAUUGGCCUGUAGACGCCGAUCGUGUGGCAACUUUCCUAAGACAAGAAGACUUGGACGUGAUCCCGCCUAAGGGAGAGGAGCAGAAAUCCCUGAACCUGCGGAAGAAAGAAAGAAAGAUUGGAAACUAAGACAGAAGGGCUACUGUUAUAUGGGAGCUCCUGGGAUAAGACCUGCCUUAAAGGACACCCUCAAACAAAAAUGAACAUUUGGGCAUCAUUUACUCACCUCAAGUCGCUCCAAACCAUAUGUUUUUUUUCCCCCCACUGCAAUAGAGAAUAGCACGUCUGUUUUUCAGACUACAGUUCAUAGUUAACAUGUCUGUCAAGCUCUCGAAAGGACAAAAAAACACCAUAAAAAGUUCAUUAUGACACAUGCAUUAUAUUCCGGGUCAUG